CAUGCUGGCCACACUGAGACAAUACGUCACCAAGGAACUGGAGUGUCGAUGUGAGAAUCCCUGCAGGUAAGUCGGUGUCAAGGGUACCUUUUAAUACAUACAUAUAUGAGCCCACGUGGCUGACAAGAAUUUAAGCACAUUUUAAAAAUAUUAAUUAGUUUUCUCAAUUGAUUUUUUGCUUGAUCGCCUGCUCCGAUGUUACAUUACAUUAAGAAAUGGCGUCAGCAGGGCGAGUCUAGACUCUUAUGCCCCCCCCCCCCCAAAUUACCCCUCCCCGGUCCGACGUAUCGGAUAAGAUCGCCUGCUCCGAUAAGAUCGCCUGCUCCGAUAAGAUCGCCUGCUCCGAUAAGAUCGCCUGCUCCGAUAAGAUCGCCUGCUCCGAUAAGUCUUUAAGCUUUUUUUUUUAAAUGUCUGUUAAGGCGCUUUGUUUCGCAUUUGUAUAAAAACAUUCUCACAAAAGCAGAUACAAUUUGGUUAUAAUAAAACACACCAUAGUGGUGCAUAUUUCCAGGACCCAUUAGACCAGCGGUUCUCAACCUGUGGGUCGCAACCCCUUUGGAGGUCGAACGACCCUUACACAGGGGUCGCCUAAACCCAUCGCAAAGCACAUAUUUAUGACGUAGCAACGAAAAUGAUUUUAGGGUUGAGGGUCACCACAAUAUGAGGAAAUGUAUUAAAGGGUCGCGGCAUUAGGGAGGUUGAGAACCAUGGCACCAGAACAUACUUUUUUUAGCCUUGAGAAAUAAUACAUUUUUUUUUCUUCAUUAGCGCUUUACUUUUUCUUAUCAUAACUGGAUUUACGGUAUUCAAAAUCCUAUUAUACCUACAUUAACACACAUUUGAAGAAAUGGUUUGAAAGAUAAGUGAUUCUCAACAUCUAGACAUGACGUGACAUCUCAACAUUCAAACAUGAUGUGUUCAACAUUCUUUUCUUUCCUCUGUCAUCUCCCAGUGAGGUCCUCUACACAAAAAGCAUUUCUAUGCGCCAAUGGCCAACUGAUGAAUUUUCGGUAUGUUGUUGGUAGAUUUUUUGUCCAAUUAGCAUGUCCAGCGUGACGUCAACACACCCCCCCCCCUCUCCUCCCCACCACCAAAUUUAUUAUUCUUUUUUUUUUUUUUUAAAUCACGCACAGAAAGUUAGAGAGUUAAGAAUAAAAAUGUUAUUCUUUUAAAGGGCCUGACUAAACAAUAAAUAUCAUUGCACACAGGAUGUGCUAGUUGAGGCCCUUUGUGCGAGCAGAAGUCCAGAAGAGUGUGCCAUUUACCGCAAGACUGACCCCCGGAAGUUUGCGUGAGUCAUAGUCAAGGGGCUUAAUGGAACGAUGUUAGGGAUAAGAUCUUGAGGUUAUGAUCAAGGCUACCACACAUUGGGAAAUUUCCCAAGAUCUUGGGAAUUCACUACCCCAUUCAGGGCCAAAACUCACUUUUAAAGAAAAUUCCCAAGAUCCUUUAAAAAAAAAAAAAAACUCUUAUAUAUUUUCAUGAUCUUGGGAAAUCUUGGGAAAUGUUUUGACCAAAUCUUGGAAAUUAAAAGAAAAUUGAGUGGCAGCCCUGGUUAUGAUCAGCAGGUCAUUGACUUCUCACACAGGUAAACAAAUUACAUCAAUGCACUCACAGGUCAAUAAAACCCCUCUACGUCACAAACUGACACAUCUCAACACCCAGCAUUUUCUUUUGUAAAAUUUCAAAAAACGUCAAUUCCAAUACAUGCCUAAACCAAUUCUGGAGGUGGGCAAGUUGUUAAUGGAGUUAUUUUAAGUUAGCCACUCGGGUAAAUGGCAAGCAGGUCAAUUAUUUUUAUAACUGCCAGGAACAGGAAGUAGUAACAUAACUUACCUGACCCCCCUAAUGAGGCAUGUUGGUUUUUUAAGCCAUAACCAAAGAAUAAUGGUUAACAAAGGAAAAAGAAUAUUCCCGUAGAAUACAAUUUCCCUUUCCGUUUGUUAACUGAUAAAUCAUUAUAAUAAAAAAAAUAAUUAAAAAACUAUUUUUUUCCUUGGAUCUCGUCUCAUGGAGAUUUUGUUUCCUUCUUAAUUUCAGUCAAAAUUUUAUCAAGCUAAACAUAUAUUUUGAGGACCUCAACUAUGAGAACAUCACAGAAAUCCCAAGCUAUGAGGUAGUCACAAAAAUACAACUGCUAAAAUGGUAGACAUAAAUUUUGUACAUGGCAAACGUUAGAAAGCAGUAGAUAAAUAUAGCAUUAUAAAGCACAGUAGAUAUCAGUAGACAAAUAUGGUACAGUAGAUAGCAGUAGAUAAUAUAGUACAGUAGAUACCAGUAGAUAGCAGUAGAUAAAUAUAGUACAGUAGAUAGCAGUGGGGAAAUAUAGUACAGUAGAUAGCAGUAGAUAAAUAUAGUACAGUAGAUAGCAGUGGGGAAAUAUAGUAGAAAGCAGUGGAAGCAUACAGUACAGUAGAUAGCAGUAGAUAAAUAUAGUACAAUAGAUAAAUAUAGUACAGUAGUAACAUAUAGUAUCAUGGACGCCCACAGAAAACUUUCUAGGGGGGGGGGCAAAAAAUCGAUUAACUUUCCAGGGGGGGGAUUUUUUUAGUAAUGUUUUAAUAUAGUUUUAAUUUACUGUAGCGUAUGUGUAUGGUGAACGAACGGACAGGACAUCAGCUUAGUUACUUUCUCUUUAUUUUCUCUUUACUUUAAUACAUUUUUGUCUAUUUUUGUCUACAAUUUUGUAUCCAAUCAAUCCAGGGGGGGCAGCCCACCUUGCCCCUACCUGCUGGCGCCCAUGUAUAGUAUAGUAGAUAAAUAAAUUACAGUAGAGCGUUGCAUAUCGGACCUUGACUUUUUACAUUAAUUAUUAUUGUACUAUCUGGACAUGUCAAGGAGCCUUGGCUAUAAACAGUUCCAGCCCCUGUCACACAAUCCAGGUCAAAUCUAGAUACUUGCUGUUCAUUCAGUGACCAGACUGAGAUAAUGUUAUCUGAAUUUUUAAAAAUUAAUUCUAACUGCAGAAUACACGGCUGCAAAGAGAAAGUGGCAUAGGGUCUUACUCUAAGCGCCAUUUAUCUAUUUUUUCUUUCUAGAAACGACAACUUGUCACAGGAAAAAAAAGGAGUUCAGAAUGACAUUUGAUUAUAAUUAAUCAUUUGAAUUUUCCCAUCCAGGCAACUCAGUUCUUCUCAGACAUAGGGGGAGCCCUCGGCCUCUGGAUGGGUCUCUCAGUCCUGGCCAUGACGG